AUGGCUCCUCUUAUGGACUAUAUGGGCUCGGAGGUCAUUGUCUUAGGCAAUCCGGACCUGUCCUACGACCCCCGUCUCAUGGCCAAUGCGGUCUGCAGAAUCACCUUCGGCACCAUCUUCGUGAUAGCCUCCUGGAUACCUCUGAGGCUCCUCUGGAGAAAUGGAGAGUUUGCUGCCUCCAUAUUCGUCAUCAACAACGACUUGCUCGCCCUCUUCUUCAUCGUCAACGCCAUGAUCUGGCACAACAACGACAUGGAGCAUUGGUGGCUCGGCGGCGGAUGGUGCGAUAUCCAGCAGUACUGCGUCUGGCAGAUGACUACACUGUACGCCUCCAGCGUCUGCGCCAUUAUGAGACAGCUUGCGAAGCGUGUUGGUGUCGCCAGGAUGGCCGAGUACACCGCGACACAGAAACGGAACCAGGUCCUGAUCCAGGCGGCCAUCAUCUUCCCAGUCCCACUGCUUCAGGUGCUCAUCGCGAGCAUGGUCCAGACAAAACGAUACAGCAUCACCGCGGUACGUGGCUGUGGGAACUUCUAUGCACCGGAUGUCAUCUUCCUGGUCUUCCUGGUUCUUCCUGCACCGGUCUUUACCGUAACAGCGGUUGUCUUUGCUUGCAUUACCUACUUUCGUUACAAGAAGGUCGAACAAUCCAUCAGCAUCCUGCUUGUCUACACCCCUUUUCAAAUAUUCUUCCUCGGAUCAAACAUCAGGCAAGGCUGGCCGUGGAGCCUCCCCGGAGCUUUCAGGCAGCACUACGUCGAUAAGAUCUUUCUCAUCCCGUACGGCUUGUCUGGCUGGAUUGAGAUGAACAUGGCCUACGUCUCGAUAGUCACUAUUGCCGUCGUCUUUCUCUUCUUCGGCACGGGUAAAGAGGCUCUCAAUAUCUACCGACGUAUAUUUCUUGCCAUGGGACUCUCAAGGCUGUUUCCCUCAUUGGAGCAUGAGUGGGACCCCGAUCGCACCCAGCGUGGCACUUUUGCCCAGAUCAGCUCGACUCAGAAGACAACGAGCACUGGCACUACUACGAAAGCAUCGAUGACAAACCUAAAGGGCACUACUCAACACAUCAGCCUGACCGACAAUCCGGCCAUACAGCAGCGGCCGGCUCAUACGGCCCCUAGCGACCCAUAUAGGACCGGAACAACCCCAGGCUACGACCAGCACAGCGCUCCCCAUCAGCCCUUUGAGACAGACGUCAGAGACUUCGAGCCACCCAACCCCCAUACCGCUCUGUCAAUGCUCGCACUGCCGCGGCCAUCGCUGCGCUGGUGGGCGCCCGCCAAGCUGCCCUCGCUCUUCAGCUCCAGGGGCAAGGACGCGGCGCCCGCUUCCACCAUACCCCUGGACUCGGUCCAUACGGCCCCGAGCACGUCAGACGGCCCCCAGGAGUGGUCUCACAGCGCGACUGCGCCGCUGGUGCGCACCCGUGUCUGGGCGGCCGAGGACGCCGAGCGGGUGACGAGGCCCAACACCUCGCAGGACAGUGGUGCUGGCCCCUCGGUCCGGGUGGAGACCCGCGUUACAAGGUCGACCGAAGAUGCGGAUGACGACGAGCUCUAG